AUGGACAUUUACGAGCGACCCUACUACAAAAUAUCUAAAAACUUCGCUUCUUUCAUAGGUCAGUGGCCUUACCAAUCUCGACUGCACAGUUUUAUGUUCGGAUCAGUAUUAUGGACUUUAUUUAUCAUUCAAGUUAUCCCACAAAUAAUUGCUGCGGUUGUUAAUUCCGACGAUGAAGAACUCCUGUUGGAAUCAUUGUCACCAUUUAUAACAGAUGUGAUAUAUAUUGCUAAAUAUGUAAAUACUAUUAAAAAAGCAAAAAUGAUACGGACGCUCUUCGAGAGAGUUAGAGAUGACUGGAAAAUACCUAAAAAUAAUUACGAAAAAUUAGUCCUAGAGUCUCAUCUGAAAAUGGGACGAUAUCUGUCAAUUGGUUAUGCAGGGUUUGUAAACGUGACAUUAUUGAUAUUUAUAACGGAUCCAGUUUUACCAAUAAUCAUAAAUAUUAUUUCAAAAUCAAACGAUUCCGUGGCAUUUAAAUUUUGUGUCCCAAUGCAGUUUAUUAUAUUUGACGAAGAAAAAUAUUAUUGGUUACUAUCGAGUUUGUCAAAUAUUUGCAUAAUUUUUAUAAUUAAUGUCAUUGUUUGCUGUGAUGUCAUUUUUAUCACCUUUGUGCAACACGUCUGUGGAAUAUUUGCAGUCGUUGGAUUCCGAUUGGAACAUUCACCGAGUGAUACAAUCUCCCAUGAUUUGCUUGAAGGAACAAGAUUUAGCAUCAACUCACAAGAUAUUUAUUAUAAAUAUGUUGUAUCCUGCAUUAGAGAUCACAGAAGAGCUUUAGAAUUCGCUGAACUCAUCGAAUCAACGUUUGCCAUAUCGUUUGGAAUAGUGGUCGGACUUAAUUUGCCACUAAUGAGUAUUACCGGAGUCCAGAUUUUAACGCAAUCGAAUUCAAUGCAAGGAACAAUGAAAUAUAUCAUGUUUACUGGAGCUCAAAUUCUUCACCUGUUUUUUGACUGCUACAUGUCACAAAAAUUGACGGACAUGAGCUCCCAAAUUCAGCACUCCAUAGCUAAAGCCAAUUGGUACGAAAAUUCAGCAAAAUCAAGAAAAUUGUUGAUUUUGAUGACACUGAGAAGUCAAGUUCCUUGUAAACUGACUGCAGGAAAGAUUAUGGAACUGUCUAUAGAAAAUUUUGGAAUGAUGAUGAAAACAGCAGGGUCAUAUUUUACUGUUUUCAUGUCAAUGCGUUAA